AUGCCAAAGAAACGCGAUUACUGGGACACACCGAAUCCGCGAGAUCUCCCAGCUCCACCGGCUGGUUCAGAGAAGCAGCGAUACUACAAUGAGGGUGAUCUUGUCUGGUAUUGUCGUGUGGGACCAAACCCUGGUGUGAUGUCUAAUUUAGAGAAGGUCAGAGACGACGAAACCAGUGAGGUUCACGAGGUCCCCGUCGAGCGAAUUCGCCUUCGCCUCCCAUACUGA